AUCCCUCACGCCAACAGAGCUCCCGGGAUAAGGAAACGCAGCCACCAGCGCAUGCACGCAGACCCCGAAUUCCCGCACUGCGCAGCCACCAGGGCUCCGGGCCCACGUGCGCGUGCCAGCCCGCAGCCAGUCCCAGCGGGCCCCGCCCCCACCCGUGGAGGCGGGGCCGGUCGCGGACGGAUGACGUGCGGGCAGGCUGCGCCGGGGUUCUGUGUCUCCGCGGCCUGUCUGCGGCUGCUUUUCACGCUUCCCUCCGGGUCCCCCCAGGCCGCCUCCUGCCGGGGGAGGGCCCCUCCCCCCCCCCGUGAGAGGCCGAGACUCGGGGGGACGGGCAGCUGCGGGGGAAAAUGACAUCGCGGAGAUGGUUUCACCCGAAUAUUACUGGAGUGGAGGCAGAAAAUUUACUGCUGACAAGAGGCGUUGAUGGCAGCUUUCUGGCCCGGCCCAGUAAAAGUAACCCAGGAGAUUUUACACUUUCUGUUCGGCGAAAUGGAGCUGUCACGCACAUCAAGAUACAGAACACAGGAGACUACUACGACCUGUAUGGAGGAGAAAAAUUUGCCACAUUGGCUGAGUUAGUCCAGUAUUACAUGGAACACCACGGGCAGCUCAAAGAAAAGAAUGGAGACGUAAUAGAGUUAAAAUAUCCACUCAAUUGUGCUGAUCCUACAUCUGAAAGGUGGUUUCAUGGACACCUUUCUGGAAAAGAAGCUGAAAAGUUAUUAACAGAAAAAGGAAAACAUGGAAGCUUCCUUGUGAGAGAAAGUCAAAGCCACCCAGGAGACUUUGUUCUUUCAGUCCGGACAGGAGAUGAUAAAGGCGAGAGUAAUGAUGGGAAAUCAAAAGUGACCCAUGUCAUGAUUCGGUGCCAGGAGCUGAAAUACGAUGUUGGCGGAGGGGAGAAAUUUGACUCUCUAACAGAUCUAGUGGAACAUUAUAAGAAGAACCCCAUGGUAGAAACUUUGGGCACAGUACUACAGCUCAAGCAGCCCCUGAAUACAACCCGUAUUAAUGCUGCAGAGAUUGAAAGCCGGGUGCGAGAACUAAGCAAGCUAGCAGAGACCACAGAUAAAGUCAAGCAAGGCUUCUGGGAAGAAUUUGAGACUUUACAACAGCAAGAAUGCAAACUUCUAUAUAGUCGUAAAGAGGGUCAACGGCAAGAAAGCAAAAACAAAAAUAGAUACAAAAACAUUUUACCUUUUGAUCAUACCAGAGUUGUUCUACAUGACGGAGAUCCAAAUGAACCAGUUUCAGAUUAUAUCAAUGCUAAUAUUAUUAUGCCUGAAUUUGAAAGUAAAUGCAACAAUUCAAAGCCAAAAAAAAGUUACAUUGCUACUCAAGGCUGUCUGCAGAACACAGUGAAUGACUUCUGGAGAAUGGUAUUCCAGGAGAACUCUCGCGUUAUCGUUAUGACAACAAAAGAAGUCGAAAGAGGAAAGAGUAAGUGUGUCAAAUACUGGCCUGAUGAAUAUGCGUUAAAGGAAUACGGGGUUAUGCGUGUUAGGAAUGUUAAGGAAAGUGCAGCUCAUGACUAUACGCUAAGAGAACUGAAACUUUCUAAAGUUGGUCAGGGGAACACUGAGAGAACAGUCUGGCAAUAUCACUUCAGAACCUGGCCUGAUCAUGGAGUACCCAGUGAUCCUGGUGGUGUCCUGGACUUCUUGGAGGAGGUCCACCACAAGCAAGAAAGCAUUGCUGAUUCAGGACCUGUUGUGGUGCAUUGCAGCGCUGGGAUUGGACGAACAGGAACUUUUAUCGUGAUUGAUAUUCUUAUUGACAUAAUCCGAGAAAAAGGCGUGGACUGUGAUAUUGAUGUUCCAAAGACCAUUCAGAUGGUGAGAUCGCAGCGGUCAGGGAUGGUUCAAACAGAAGCACAGUACAGAUUUAUUUACAUGGCAGUACAACACUACAUUGAAACGCUACAGCGUAGAAUUGAAGAGGAGCAGAAGAGUAAGAGGAAAGGGCAUGAAUACACAAACAUUAAAUAUUCUUUAUCGGACCAGACAAGUGGGGAUCAGAGCCCACUUCCACCAUGUACUCCGACCCCAACCUGUCCAGAAAUGAGAGAAGAUAGUGCUAGAGUAUAUGAAAACGUGGGGUUGAUGCAGCAGCAACAGAAAAGCUUCAGAUGAGAUGUACAGAAACUUCCAUGCAAAGGAAGAAAUGAAUAUUGUUUUUUAAAAAAGGUCAAGAAAGAGAUGGAACAAGCUUCACAUGAAGAGUGAACUUUGAAGGCUUGGUACCUUUUUAUUUAUAGCGUUUAACUCUUCAAUAAUAAGCAAAACUUAAGACCAUCUAAAGAUCAUUAUAUCCUUUCUCUCCAAUACCUGAUUUACAAUUGCUCAUUUUUCAAAUAAAAAGGAAAUCCUCUCUACAAUGUAGAAAGAUAUUUUGUAGAAUCUUAAUUGUGAAUCCAGCCAACUGUUAGACUGGCGUUGUUUCCUUCAAAUAGUAUUUUUGUUUCAAAAUCUGGUUAUUAGCAUUAUUUCUUCUCGGAGCAGUUGUGGGGAUUUUUUAUGAGUGGGGAAGCCGUGAUUUGGGUAAGUCCAUUAUAUAAAAAUAAAAUACUAAUGGGAACAGUUCUUGAUUGUUUGAAGACAGUGGAUCACCCACAUUAAUAGUCAGCUACAUGAUAAAAUUAGUCCUAAUACAUUUCAAACUUGGUCUGAGUUUGACAGGGGUGAGCAGUUAAUCUUUGAUAUGAAGGUGUUUUUUGUAACAGUUGUUGGCUUUGAUUACUUCUCAGCUGAGUUGCUGGAUGGGCUAUUUUUGAAUAACUACAAAAAGUAGCCUUUGCCUCAGACUAGAGCAUUCUCUAGAUGACCUGUACCCCAGAUACCAAUUUACAGCCAUUCUGUCAAAAAAAGAAAAAAGGGGGGAAAAAAAAGGCAGCUGUCUAGCAGCUGUGGGGACGCUGCCUAUGUUAAUUUUUCCGUGUUCAUUUAUUAAGCAGGAGAUCUGACCUGUGGAGUUGAGACAUUUUAAGAAGCUCCACAAUGACACUUGACAUCGUAUUAAAACAAUGAAACUAGUAACCCACUGUGUAGGCUGUUAAUCUUAGGCUGAACUUAGGCCCGUCUUUAAAAAAUACAGUUAUUAGGCCUUCUGGUUCUCGGUAAGGCCUUACACUAAUGGCGGUAGCCUGGGGAAAAGGACUUUAUGAAAACUAGCUAUUACCUAAAAUUGCCUUAAUGAAAAGGGCAGCGCAGGUACCAGUCAACAGCCGCUUGUUCUGGUCUAUUUCAUCAGGCAGGAGUUUCAUUAACAUUCUGCCUAAAGUGCCUUUCAGAGCCACAUCCAAUUUGCUGUCCAUGUUUUAAUUAAAAAAAAAAAUACUGCAUCUAUCUCUAAAAACACUUUCGAUUGUUAUUAAUGAAAUAAAAUCCUCCCAGAGUGAUGUCAGCAGUGAGAGAUGCUGUUCUAGUGCCAUGGGUUUCUUCAUCUGCAGAAGAAGGGCUGUAAACACUUCUCAGUUUCCUGCAUGAAAGAAACUUUGCCCUGUCCUGUCAUCUGAAUCUGGAUCUCCCAUUGGAGCCUAUAGCAGCUGAGUGUGUGCUCAUGGCAGGAUCGGGCUCGAGGAGUAGGUACCAGUGGUGUCGUAGCAGCAUCUUUCCCCUCACUGCUGGUGGAGUUCUGAGAGUUAUGGUGACGCCACCAGGUAAUAUUGAGGAAUUAUCAUCAUUUUUAUUUAGAGUAUGCAGAUAAUGGUAAUCUCUGCAUUGCGUUGCUGUAUGUGCGGUGAGGGUGCAAGAGUGAUGAAGUUACAUUAUUGGCCAUAUUAGUGAAAUUACACAAAAGCCUGGAAUGUAAUUAGUGCAGCAUUUGUGUUCCCUACACUGAUGUGGGGAUUGCAUUAGCUUUCCCUGAGAAUGCUUUGCAACCUCAAAUGCUUCACAUUUUGUGUUUUGUCUGAACUGAAUGAAGGUGCAUCUUAACUUUAAGCUGAACUUUUGUUACUUUGCCUCUUGUAUUUUGUUAUAAUACCUCUUGUCUUCUGAUCCUGGAACUCCUGUCACCAGCACACCAUACUAUUUGUGUCUUAAUGUCAUUAUCUAUAGCACAGUCGUUAAUAUUUGCACCCUCUGUAGAGCUAAAAUUCUUAUGGCUUGAUGAAAGGAUAAUCCGUUUUCAUCUACUUGUGUUCAUUCAGUCACAAAUAGAAUAUUUGCUUUAUAUCAACUUCCUUCCCCAGCCUCCAUGUACAGUUUCAUCAUGUUGAUGUUUUCUGCAAAGGUUAAAUAGGGAUCAUUUAAGUGCCGAGUUGUGAUUUUGAAUUGAGUAAUUCAAUAACAGUCUAAAUAUCUGUUAAUUGAAAAUUUUGUGUAGCAUUAUGUGGUGCUAUAUUUCCUUGGAUGCUGCCAGGUUUUAAAUUAGGAGGAAGUGGAGUGCAUGUUCAGGAUUAGAAAUACUGUGUAUCAAAAUGAAAGUUCAAAGGAAGAUCCUCCUAAGCAGUAGCUUAUGAACUGCACUAAUAUGACUUGUCCUAAAGAUUGACUUGUAUUGGCUACAAUAAUAUGGUGAUGUAUUCAGCAUAAAGCUGCCUAUCAUAAGAUUAGCAUUUAAAGUCUGUGGAACUCAGCUCUGUAGUUAUUUGUUCUUGGAACUGGGGAAAUCUCAUUUCUCUAGAAUGUGUGUUAAUCUUAAAGAGCACAUGAUGGAUGAACUUUUUUUUUUUUUAAUUAGAAAAAAUUCCAAAAGAUUGUAUGCUAGAGAAAGCUGUUUCUUUUUAAUUGGAGCGUCUGGCCCUGCUGAAAACCAAAGGGGGGGGGGGAUCUUGCAAGUUACAAACCAGCUGCGUUUCAAACAUGCCGACAGAGGGGUAACUCCUUUUAGUGUGUCUUUCUCUUUUAGUAUUAUUUUAAACAUUGGUUGUUUUAUUACAGAUCAAACAAAACAUAUAAAUGUUCUGUGGUACAGGGGAAAAAUGGAUACUUGGGUUUCAUUUAGUAUUUUUAGUGGGUUUUUAAAAACUAAUGUAACAUCACUCUACAAGCUAUUGCUGUAACAAUGGAAUGGAAAAGGGAUACAGUUUUUGAAGUGUUCUAUUGUAGAAGACUUUAUACCACAAGGGAAAUGUAAACCAAUUCCAAAGGCACAAUAUUGUAUGACAGCAAGAAUCUGCUGCAGACCCUCAUUUACUGAAUGUUUUAUAGCAUACACUUUAAUUUCAGGUAACCUUUAUUAGGACUGAUUAAUUCUUCUAUUGACCAAACUUUUUUUUUUCUCUUGAGGUAUGUGUGUUCAAAAAUACAACUUCAUUAGCUGUAUCCUAGCUAUACAACUUGUUUCCUUUUUCAUUGUAGGGAUGGGAUAGAUCAAACAGUUGGUACUAGGACAAUUUUUUCAUAACUUCAUUAUUUCAAAUUAAUUUUUAUUUUUUUUCCAUUUUAAAAUAGCAAAACAUGUAAUUAAUUGCAGACCUGGUUAUUUAUGACACUAUUGUGAUUUUUUUAUUACAGUACUAAAAGCUAAUGAAAAAAAGAUCCUUUAUUAGGUGGACUAGACCGUACAUUUAUUUUUUCCUGCAAUGUAUGAAGUAUUGUACCAGAGUAUUAAAUGAAAUGUAAUAUUUUAUUGAAAAUCUCUAUCCUUUAAAAGGAGGACAUUUAGGAUGUCAUCAAUUUGAUGUGAAUCAUGUAAAUGUUAAUAAUGAUGCGCUGUUUUAUUAUACAUUUAGUGUUUCAAAAGACUCACUUAUUGCCUUUUGCCCACAUCCAUUCUGUAGAUCAUUUACAAUUGUCAAAAUGUGACAUUAAAAGACUAGAUCAUGUAUAGAAAUAUUAGUGGUUGUUCAUUGUUUUCCCUGCUGGUAUUUAUGGGUGUUAGUUCAGCUGCUUUGUGAGCUGCGCUGUGAUUUUUAUUGCUGCAAGGUUAUAUUAUCAGAAUAAAAGCAUAUUUGUAAACAGCAGAGUUAAAAAUUAGGAAUAAAAAUAAUUUUUCUUAUAA